GGUUCCCUGUUGCUGUUGCGCCGCUGCUGCUGCUGGCUGCUGUCCCAGGACUCCACCAUGGAAAAGACAAUAGAUGAGCCCCCCAUAUCAGCUGUCUUGCUGGAACAUUGCAGCUUCUCUCAGGUGGUGUUUAACAGUGUGGAGAAGUUCUAUGUUCCUGGAGGAGAUGUCACAUGCUAUUACACCUUCACCCAACAGUUUGUCCCUCGUCGCAAGGACUGGAUUGGCAUCUUUAAAGUGGGUUGGAAGACAACCCGGGAGUAUUACACUUUCAUGUGGGUUACCUUGCCCAGUGACCUAAAAAAGGAAUCAAUCAAGCAGCAGGAAGUCAAAUUCAAAGCAUACUACCUGCCCAAAGAUGAUGAGCAUUACCAGUUCUGCUAUGUGGAUCAAGAUGGUAUUAUCCGGGGAGCAAGUAUCCCUUUCCAGUUCCGUCCAGAAACUGAGGAGGACAUAGUGGUUGUUACCACUAAGGGAAAGGUGGAAGAGAUCGAGCAACACAAUGAGGAGCUUCUCCUAGAAAACCAGGAACUGAAAGACAGUUGUGCCAGCCUCCAGAAGCAGAACUCAGAUGUACAAGCCGAGCUCCAGAGGAAACAGGAGGCACUAGAGGAGCUGCAGAACAUCAAUAAGAAGUUAAAACAGGAAAUGGAAGAGCAGAAGGCCUGUUGGGAGACUGAGCAGCUCCAGCUGAAAGAAUACAACCAGAAGAUAUCCUCUGAAAACGAGAAGAUGGGGAUCAGAGUAGACCAGCUUCAGGCCCAGCUGUCAACUCAAGAGAAAGAGAUGGAGGAGCUUGUUCUAAGAGACCAAGACAAGACAGAGCAGCUGCAACGUCUCAAAGAUGAAAAUAGCCAGCUCAUCCUCAGUUUAACUGAGCAGAGGGAGCAACAGAUGAAGCUUGAGCAGACAGUGGAAAAGAUGAAGGAGAAAGAAACUGUGGCAAGGAAGAAGCAACAAGAGCUAAAGGACGAGAACUUUGGCCUGUCAAGAACCCUAAGUGACAACAAGAUUUUAACUGAAGUUCUGAAGAAAGAGAAAGAGAAACUGGAAAGAGAAAACAGUAUCCUGAAGAAAGAGAACAACAGACUGAUGGACUACAUGGGCCUCCAAAAUGAUGACUCUGUGCCACAUGAAAUGCAAUCUUCAGAUCAAGGAGCUGGUAGGCAAAGCCCAGGUCUUGUGUAUGGAAACCCAUAUUCUGGUAUCCAAGAAAGUUCUCCUCCUCCUACCCUGCUUGCAGCCGUCCUUGCUGAUAAUAUCUCUAAGCAGACCUUACAGAAUAAGCAAAUGCUGACCAGUUGUUUCAAUUGUCCAGUUUGUGGCAAAACCUUUCCAGAGAAAGAGAAGCAGAUCUUUAAAGACCAUGUGUUCUGCCACUCUUUCUGAGUGUCCCAGCCCAUGGGUCUUUGCUGCAUAGAUCACAGUUUCUGCUAUGAGCUAUCUGAGCAGAGAAGCCUGUGUAAGCAGAAGUCAUGCCUGCAAAGGUGGGAUGGGCCCGUUGUCUGUAGGAUGGUGUUGACAGCGGCUGUGUCUACCCUGUUCACGUCAUAACUGCAGCGUCAGCCUUUCUCCUGCAAUGCCCAUUCAUCCUGCUGACUCACAGCAGCUGAUUAAGUCAUUGUCUUCCCAGUUGUCAUUGGGCUUUCAUGCAUUUGUGCCAGUCCUAGUCCUAACCCAGAGGGUAGGAACAGGACUGGAAGUGGAGAAGAUCUUCAUUUUCCUUAGUCCUUUCUUCAACCAGUUGCCUCAAAUUAUCUCAAAAUGACACAGCAGAGAGCUCAGAUUCCAAAUCAGAUUUAUCAGCUUCCAAAAGCAAAUGAUUUUUAUUUUUGAAAACAAGGCCUGACUAUAGCCCUGGCUGUCAUGGAACUCUGUAGAAGAGAUCCUGCCUGCCCAUGGUACCAGAGCGUUGGCAUCUAAUGCGUGCACGCCUGCUGAGAAGUAUCCUGUGCUUCACUUACAAAAAGCCUCAUCUCUAGCAGGAUGUGAUGAUGUGGAUCUGUAUUCCAGCAAUUAAGAGGUUGAGGCAGGAGGAUUAUGAGUUCAAAGCCACUUGGAUGACAAAAGCUUUCAGGAAAAAUGGGAAGGGGCAGGGAAAGGCUUCUUCUUUCUAUCUAAAUACUUCUGAUUGGAAUUUUCUGAUCCUUUCCAUAUACACAACAUGUAUUAUGUCGUAUGUAUAGAGUUUUUUUUUUUUUUCUUACUCUGGCUAAAUUGAGCCACUGCUCAGUUAGUUUUUUACUGACAAUUAAGAAUAAUUAGGAGGUAUAUUGUCUUGCAACUUUCUCAAUAGUUAAUUGUUGGUGUCAAUGUAAGAAUAAUGACUUGUUAAUCUCUUAAUAUUCAAAAUAAAUUACUCUUUUUAAGGA